UGUAAUUUUUUUUUACUCUUUUUGAAUUUAUUUUUAUUUGUACGAAAAUUUCAUUUUCAUAAUUAAUAUCAAUUGAUCAUGUCGUUGAAUUCAGGAUCAUACAGAGAUGUUCGACAAGCUUUUAUCGAUUUUUUCAAAGAUAAAUAUGAACAUCUUUUUGUUCGAAGUUCAUCAGUCAUUCCUCAUGAAGAUCCAACACUUUUGUUUGCCAAUGCUGGCAUGAAUCAGUUCAAACCAAUUUUUCUAGGGACAGUUGAUCCAAACAGCGACAUGUCCAAGUACAAGAGAGUGGUGAAUAGCCAAAAAUGUAUUCGUGCUGGUGGUAAACACAACGAUUUAGAUGAUGUCGGAAAAGAUUCUUACCAUCAUACGUUUUUCGAAAUGCUUGGAAAUUGGUCGUUUGGUGAUUUUUUCAAACGAGAAAUUUGUCAUUGGUCUUUUGAGUUAUUGACCAAAGUUUAUGGCCUUGAAAAAGAUCGGAUUUAUGUUACCUAUUUUGGAGGCAACAAAGCAGCUAAUUUGGAACCUGAUGAAGAAGCUCGAAAAAUAUGGUCAGAAAUUGGCAUUGAUCCUGAAAAGAUUCUUCCGUUCGAUAUGAAAGAUAAUUUCUGGGAAAUGGGCGAAACCGGCCCAUGUGGACCUUGUUCAGAAAUCCAUUAUGAUCGAAUUGGUGGCCGUAAUGCAGCUGCAUUAGUUAACAUGGACGAUCCGAAUGUAAUUGAAAUCUGGAAUCUCGUGUUUAUUCAAUUCAAUCGUGAAAAUGAUGGUUUAUUAGUGCCGUUACCCAAAAAACAUGUAGAUACUGGUAUGGGCUUUGAAAGAAUUGUAUCGGUCAUUCAGGACAAAACUUCAAACUAUGACACGGAUAUCUUCGAACCUCUGUUUAAAGCCAUCCAGGAAAAUACAGGCGCUCCAAAUUAUACCGGAAAACUUGGAGACGACGAUACUAACGGUAUUGAUAUGGCAUAUCGUGUAGUGGCUGAUCACGUUCGUACAUUGACAAUCGCUCUUUCUGAUGGUGGACGGCCGGAUAAUGUUGGUCGAGGAUACGUACUAAGACGAAUUUUACGUCGAGCUGUUCGUUACAUUGAAAAGCUUGGUGGAAAGCCAGGUGCAUUUGGAUCGUUGGUACCGGUCGUCGUUCAAACUUUGGGUGAUUUUUUUCCUGAGCUCAACAAAGAUCCACAAUUGGUCAUGGACAUCAUCAACGAAGAAGAGUUGCAAUUUUUGAAGACUUUGUCGCGAGGUAAACGAUUGUUAAAAACUGCCAUUGAAAAAUUGGAAGGCAGUAAGAUCUUACCUGGGGAUAUUGCAUGGAAAUUGUAUGACACCUAUGGAUUCCCUAUAGAUCUUACCCGAUUGAUGGUCGAAGAGCAUGGUUUAUGCGUUGAUAUGGAAGGAUUCGAAAAAGCCAAAGCUCAAGCUCAAUUAAUAUCACAGGCAAAAAUAUCUCAAUUAGACACAAAAGUUGAACUAGAUGUCCAUGCUAUUUCUGAACUUCGUGAUCAUCUUAAAAUUCCUGUAACCAAUGAUUUGCCCAAGUACAAUUACAAUUCUUUAACUGAUAAAAAAGAUAGUGUUUAUCGUUUUGAAAGCUGCCAAGGAAAAGUUUUGGCCAUUAGAAAAGAAAAAUCAUUUGUUCAAGAAGUUUCUGAUACUGAUUUGAUUGGCAUCAUUUUAGAUUCGACCAAUUUUUAUGCAGAAGCCGGUGGCCAAGAACAUGAUACGGGUUAUAUGAUCAAGGAAAAUGAUGAUAAUAAUGUUGAAAUUGAAUUCAAAGUGGUUCAAGUAAAAUCAUUUGGUGGUUAUGUUGUACAUAUUGGAUAUUUGAUGCAAGAAUCUUCUGGACAAAGUAAACUUCUUGUUAAUGAUGUACUUCGACUAGAAAUUGAUCAGGAAAGAAGAAAAUUAAUUAUGAAUAAUCAUACCGGUACUCAUGUCUUGAAUUAUGCCCUAAGAUCUGUUCUCAAAGAGACUGAUCAAAAAGGAUCGCUCGUAGCUGCUGAUAAACUUCGAUUCGAUUUUACCAACAAAUCUGCAAUGACAAGUGUUCAAGUAAAACAAGCUGAAAGUAUUGCACGAGAAAUGAUUGACAAGAAUGAAAUUGUAUAUGCAAAAGAAUCUCCACUUUCAAUGGCCAAAGCUGUGAAAGGAUUGCGUGCUGUUUUUGAUGAAACUUAUCCGGAUCCAGUACGUGUAGUUUCAAUUGGCGUUCCUGUAGAUGACCUAUUACAAGAUCCAUCCAGUCCAGCUGGUAUGAAUACUUCGAUCGAAUUUUGUGGUGGUACUCAUUUGAAACGAAGUGGACAUAUUGGAGAUUUCGUUAUAACCAGUGAAGAAGCGAUUGCCAAGGGAAUCAGAAGAAUAGUCUGUGUUACAGGUCCUGAAGCUACCCGAUCAAUAAACAAGUUGGCCGAGCUUGAAAAACUUGCUUUCGAAUUGGGAAUUUAUAUCAAUGCUAACCAAUCAAAAUUUUCUACUGAAUUAAAAAAUAUGGCCAAAAAAGUGCUAGAUUUGCAGCAAAAAGUCUCUGCAUCGGAUAUAUCUUGCUGGAAAAAAGAAGAACUCCGUAAUACGUUGAACCAAUUGAAGAAACAACUAGAUAAUUAUGAACGUUCACUAAAAGCUUCACAAGCAAACGAAGUUGUUAAUGUAGCAAAACAAUUAGCCACCGACAAUCCGAAAUCAAAGUACAUGGUCAAUUCGUUGAAUGCUGGCUCCAAUGCCAAGGCCCUCGAUCAGGCAGUGAAAGCUGCUCGAGCUAUUAAUCCGGAUCUUGCUGUGCUAUUUUUUAGCAUAGAUUCGGAUAACAAUAAAAUUAUCUGUCUUUCUAAUGUAUCAAAAGAAAUAGCUCAAAAAGGAUUGACUGCCAAUGAAUGGGUUCAGAAUAUAACGACUGUUAUCCAAGGAAAAGGUGGCGGCAAACAGGAAUCAGCUCAAGCUAUCGGAAACAACAUUGGAUCAUUGGAUGAAGCUAUUAAAUUGUCUAAUGAAUUUGCUCGCCUAAAAUUAGGAGAUUAAUAUUUCUUAGAAAAAAAAUUUUAUCUACAAUUUUUGUUACUAUUCUAUUUUCUAUUAAUAAUAAAUUCAAUUAAAAAUCGAA